AUGAAGCGGGGCGAGUCAUGCAUCUGCAUGUUUCCCGAACAAAUGAAAUACGGAACAGAAGUACAUAUCCAGCAGGUUGCUCUUAUUAUGCACCCACUAACUUUGGCCCGUGGUUGUGGUCGAUCUCCCCGGUGCAGUACGCUCCCAUACCUACUGUAUAUUUCAACUUCAUAUGAUUUAUACCUGCAGGCUACUGAUGUCCAUUACGAGAGUUGCCUUGCCAAGGGCCAAAUGAAGGACCAAUCCAAAGGCUCAAACACCAGUGUUAUUGUAAAUCAGAUUCUAGGUCCAUAUAUAACGUAUGAGGCACAUAAUAUCCGCAUCUAG